CACCUGUGCCCGGAUCCCCUGGCCGGAAAAAUAGUGCGAUCGGUGUUGGAGGCAGGGAGAAGGCCAAGGCGCAGCUACUGCGCCGCUGCUGCAUCCCUGUGCGCGUGUUCUAUCGUUUGGCGGCCGGCAGCAUCGAUUCAGCCUUCCUUCCCGCAGCCAUGAGGUACGCACCGCAUCCGUGUUAACAUGCUUUCUCUUUUGAUGGGGUGCAUCUGACCGUCGUUGUCUGCGUAUACGGGUCUGUCUGCAGUGAGCCGCGGGACAUGUAUGACCUUCAGGGGAACAAACUGCUAGCCAACUAUGGGCCGCGGAUGCCCGACCCCUCCGGCGAGUGGCGUAUCGUAGAGUGAGUGAGAACCCCAUAUAUACCACAUCACAUCACAGGACACGUACCAUUCCAUCCAUCCAUCCAUCCCACGCUCUCGCUCUCUCCUUUCUUCCUUCUCUGCACUGUGUUCUGCCCUGUGUUGUGUGUGUUGUGGUGUGUGCAGGUUGUCGAAGGACGCGUUCAAGGCGUACAAGCAGAUCAAGCGCGGCCUGCUGGCCACCAUGGGCGGCCGGCAGGCUCAGGGCCGCACCUUCACCAUAUCGGAGCACGUACGUUAGUCAACCACACGCAUAGCAUACAUACCCACACAGAGAGAGUGAGAGGCAUUCCAUCCACUCAGACGGUCUGUGUGCAUUGCAAAUGGUGGGUAUAUUGUGAUCUUUGUUUGCAUCAUGCAGUACUGGCGGGACCAGUUGGGAUUGCACAUGUCGUCUGGCUGGAUCCACAUGGGCAAUGCCCAGUAAGAAGGAAGGAAGGAAGCCACACACCCAUCCCCACCCCAGAUCCCAUCCCCUUUUGCCUCAUUUCAUUUCCCUCUCUCGCCUUGUGCUGUGGUGUGGUGUGUUGUGUUGCGUAUGAUUCUAUCUAUCAUCAGGAAGGAGCCCCAGAUGAUGCUGUUCCACCUGCCCAAGGCCGUGACUCAGGCGCAGGCGCAGGCCAAGGCGGCCGCCGCCAAGCCCGCGGUGCCUGUGGUAGCGCCUGCUCCCGGGCAGGGGGCCAACAACAACCAGAACAACCUCCAGAACCAGAAGCAGAACCAGAGCAACAGCAAGAACAACGCCAACGUGAAGCGCCCCCCCGAACCCGGUGGCGGUGCCGGCGGCAACAAGCGCCCCCGCAAGGGCUAGCUAGACACACACAUACACACCACAUCACAUCACACCAUACACGUACAGAUGCACACACACAUACGACAAACCGAAAGACAGACAGACAGAUGGAUAACCUAAGACCGGGGCACACGCAUGACCGAUGUAGCUAGUGGCCGGCCGGCGUGUGUGGGGGGUGGGGUGCCUGCCUGAUCCGAUCCGGCUGGUACGUUUGUUUGUGGUCCAAUUCAUUCCAAUGUGUGCGUGGAUGCGUGGGCUGAUGGAUGGAUGCUCCUGGCUGGCGCGGGAAAUGAGGGAACAGACAGACAGAGGUCUCUCCUUCUAGAGAGAGACUGUUGGCUCGUUAGUUGGCUGAUGUUGGAUGGAAGGGACAGAGAGGGAGAGGGAGAGGGAGAGGGGAAGGGGAAGGGGAGAGAGCCUCUGCUCUGUAGGCAGAGAGGCAGGUAUGUAACCACAACAUGACACAGACACGGACCGACAGCUACACACACACACACACACACAUCCACACAUCCACACAGCACACUAGCUCACCCUUGUUGGCGAAUUCGAUGGUCCACACCACACACCUACCUCUACCUCUGAGGCUCCAUGGCUGGAUGGCUGGAUGGAUGGAUGUUUUCCUUGGCAUGGCAUGGCAUGGACGGCUGCUGGUCUAUGGUCGCGUGCUGGUGUUGCGUAAGUCACUGGAUGCGGGUGUUGGUGGCGUGGUGCGUGACGUGCAAUAUAGUAAUGGGACUGGAUGGAUGGAUGGCCGCCUGUGUGUGUGUGUGCAUACCUACACGUAUGGCCUGGCUGACGGACACGCGCAUACGGUACACCGCUCGAAGCUUAUCGUGACA